AUGGCAAUCACUUUGAGGAGUGGUAAGGAUCUAAAUGAAAAACCUCUAAAGAAAACUAAGGAGGUGGAUGCACAGUUGAUUUCCCCACAGUUAUCCAAGAAAGUUGAUAAAAAUUCAAGGAAGUCUGAGUACUCAAGAACAAGAGUUGCUGAACAGGUGAAGGAGAGACAACCACUACCUUUCCCACAGAAGAAUGUAGAGACAAAGGAGGAUGAAUGCUUCAAAAAGUUCUUUGACAUGUUUAGAGAGCUUUAUAGUAACCUUCCUCUUUUAGAUGUUUUGCAAGGAAUGCGCAACUAUGCUAACUUGGGAAAGCCAAGACUGAGCUCUGUGUUACUGGUACUAGCAAACAAAACCAUAGCUCAUCCUGAAGGAGUCAUGGAGGAUGUUCUCAUCAAGGAAGAUGAAAAAGUACCAGUCAUCUUGUGGAAUCCAUUUUUGGCAAUGGGAGGAGCUUUGAUAGAUGUGACAGAGGGCACACUUAUAAUGCGGUUGGAUGAUGAAGAGGUGGUAUUCAAAAUAUUUAGAACACAAAAAAAUUCUUCCAUCUCAUCUGGGGAUACUGCUGAAGGGGUACAUCCUACAUCUGGAGUACAUCUUCGAUCUCAUGGUCCUAUUCCUAAUAGUGUUGGAGUUCCUUCUAUUCUGGAUAGUUCUCCUUUGGUCCCUCAGGUCAACGUGAAGAACGUAGAAUUUUGUCAGUCUAUUCAUGUCAUUGCCUAA